AUUUUCUAUCCAGUGCAAGGUUUGUUUGACUUCUCCCUCCCUUCUCCCUCCCUUCUCCCUCAAUUCCAUCAAAAAAAAUUCUUUCUCUCUCCUCAACCAGAGUGAAUAAGAGGCAGAGGAGAAGAGGUGAGGAGGAGAUGCUUUGCUAAUGGCAAGAGGAGGAUUUGUAGGUUCGGUUGGUGUGACCAAGGAGUGAAUAAGAAGAAGCAGAGGAGAAGAGGUGAGGAGGAGAAGCUUUGCUAAUGGCGGGAGGGGGGUCUGUAGGUUCGGUUGGCGUGACCAAGGAGAGAGCAGCGCAGUACCAAGGGAAAGCCACCGUCUACGUGUUUGUUACAUGCAUCAUUGCUGCUGUUGGUGGCUCACUGUUUGGCUAUGACAUUGGGAUUUCAGGAGGAGUUACAUCCAUGGAUGAAUUUCUUAAGAAAUUUUUCUAUAGGGUGUAUGUAAAGAAGCACCGUGUCCAUGAAAACAACUACUGCAAAUACAAUGACCAAGGCCUCGCCGCCUUUACUUCAUCUCUGUAUCUUGCUGGCCUGGUAGCAUCUCUUGUGGCAUCUCCGGUUACUAGGAACUAUGGACGCCGCGUGAGUAUAAUUUGUGGGGGAGUCAGCUUUCUUGUUGGAGCAGGUCUCAAUGCUGCAGCUUUGAACCUAGCAAUGCUCCUCCUGGGUCGGAUCAUGCUUGGCAUUGGAAUUGGAUUUGGAAACCAGGCUGUUCCAGUGUAUCUAUCAGAGAUGGCACCUACUCAUCUUCGAGGAAGCCUCAACAUCUUGUUUCAGUUAGCAACAACCCUCGGCAUCUUUACAGCAAAUAUGGUCAAUUAUGGAACACAGAAGUUGGACUCAUGGGGAUGGAGGCUUUCUCUAGGCCUAGCAGCAGCACCAGCAUUUGUCAUGACUGUGGGAGGAUUACUUCUUUCUGAGACACCCAACAGCCUAAUUCAGCAGGGAUUGAUUGAUAAAGGCAGAGAAGUCCUCAUCAAAAUUAGAGGCACUAAUAAUGUUGAUGCAGAGUUUCAAGACAUGAUAGAUGCCAGCGAAUUGGGUAAAUCCAUUAAGCACCCAUUCAGGAACAUGCUUAAGAGAAGUAACAGGCCAGAAUUGGCGAUGGCCAUCUUCAUGCCGACAUUCCAGAUCCUAACUGGCAUAAACUCCAUUCUCUUCUACGCUCCAGUGCUGUUCCGUAGCAUGGGGUUUGGAGCAAAGGCCUCACUCUACUCCUCAGCUGUCACCGGAGCAGUUCUGGCAGGAUCUACCUUUAUUUCCAUUGCGACAGUAGAUAGAUUGGGGCGAAGAGUUUUACUCAUCAGCGGUGGAAUUCUAAUGAUCGUGUGUCAGGUCAUCGUUGCUAUAAUCUUGGGGCUAAAGUUUGGGGAAGACCAAUCUCUAACAAAGGGCUAUUCAACAUUGGUGGUGGUGUUGAUUUGCCUCUUUGUUUUAGGAUUCGGAUGUUCAUGGGGACCUCUAGGCUGGACAGUGCCAAGUGAGAUAUUUGCAUUGGAAACACGGUCAGCUGGACAGAGCAUCACUGUUGCAGUAAACCUUCUUUUCACUUUCAUAAUAGCUCAGAGCUUCCUUGCCCUUCUAUGUGCAUUCAAGUUCGGGAUCUUCUUGUUCUUUGCCGGUUGGAUUACUGUGAUGACCUUCUUCGUUUAUCUUUUUGUACCGGAGACCAAGGGAGUUCCUAUUGAAGAGAUGACAUUGUUGUGGAAAAAGCAUUGGUUCUGGAAGAGAACAGUUCCUCCAUAUUCAGAAGUUGAUGGGAACAUUCACAAAGAGAACAGUUCAGUGGAUUGAAUCGAGUACCUAGGCAGGCAAUUGAGCUUCUGUUUUUUUUUUUUUAAUUGAGAUGCAUUCAAUUGCUUCAGUUAUAUUUACAUACCCAUAAAGAGCUGAUUCACCUCAAUAUUGUCUCAUAAUAGAGUAUCAUAGACACAUAACAUGAAUGCAGAUUCAUGGUCCUGUUGAUCAAUAGCUGUUUUUAUAAUUGUAAGUUAUAUUGGGGUGAAUCAUUGUCUUAAAUCAAAUAAUGUACUGUUUAUAUCAUGAUGGAUUCAUUCAGGGAAGAAUAUCUUAAGGAACGAUUAAAUCGGAUUGAUGUGU